ACAGGAAGUGAUUCCCCUGCAGACAGGAAGUGACUCUGUGUGUUUGUGUGUGAGCGGCGCGGAGUGUCCGGGAGCUACCGACGAGAACUCAGCGGAACCGGGACCGAGCGGGACCGAGCAGAACCGAGCGGGACCGAGCAGGACCGAGCAGAACCGAGCGGGACCAAGCAGGACUCUGAGGGACCGAGCAGGACCGAGCGGGACCGAGCAGAACCGAGCGGGACCGAGCCGGACUGUACCGGACUCCUCGGCGGGCCGGUGUUAGCCGUUAGCUGUUAGCCUGUGUGUGUGUGUGUGUGUGUGUGUGUGUGUGUGUGUGUGUGUGUGUGUCAUGGCGGCGGGAAGCGGCGUGACUCCCGCUCACGUCGGUGACGUAGAAGAAGACGCCUCGCAGCUGCUGUUCCCUAAAGAGUUCGAGAGCGCGGAGACUCUGCUGAACUCGGAGGUCCACAUGCUGCUGGAGCACCGCAAGCAGCAGAACGAGAGCGCCGAGGACGAGCAGGAGCUGUCCGAGGUCUUCAUGAAGACCCUCAACUACACGGCCCGCUUCAGCCGCUUCAAGAACCGAGAGACCAUCACCGCCGUGCGCAGUCUCCUCCUGCAGAAGAAGCUUCAUAAGUUCGAGUUGGCCAGUUUAGCUAAUCUGUGUCCAGAAGCUGCUGAGGAGGCCAAAGCCCUGAUCCCCAGUUUGGAGGGUCGCUUUGAGGACGAGGAGCUGCAGCAGAUCCUGGACGACAUCCAGACCAAGAGGAGCUUCCAGUACUGAGACUGAGACCAGGACCAGUACUGAGACUGAGACCAGGACCAGGACUGAGACCAGGACCAGGACUGAGACUGA